UAUUAAUUGAAUCCAAAUGCAACUUGAUUGAGUUUGUUACGAAACGUUUUAAAUAUGUUUCAUGAAGAAGUUUGUUUCUAUUUUUGGAGUAAAACAUAGAAGUCUAGUGGAAAAUCAGUAACAACUUCCUCGUGUUACUGGAAAACACUGUCCCUGUCCCUUUCAAGCUCUCUCUCUCUCUCUCUCUCUCUUCCUGUUUCCUGAAACCCAAGCGCAAAUCACUAUAAAGGCUGCAUUGAAGGAAUGAGUACCAGGAAAAUAUCUGCUGCGUCAGCUAGGGCUCACACCAGGAAGUCCAGCAAUAUUGGAAGAAACAACUCCAGAUUAACAUCAAAUAUGAUUGCCCAGAUAGCAGUUGGAGUAAUGGUGGGUUGUCUAGGGUAUGCUUAUUUUGUGAUACGGCCUCCGCCUCCUAAAAUAUGUGGCACCCCCGGUGGUCCUCCGGUGACUUCUCCAAGGGUGAAACUUGACGAUGGGAGGCAUUUGGCGUACAAGGAGAGGGGCGUUGCCAAGGAAGAAGCCGAGCGCAGGAUAAUAAUUUCCCACGGCUAUGGUGAUUCUAAAGACUUCAACAUAAAUCUUUCUGAUGAACUUUUAAAGGAGUUACGGAUAUACAUCCUAUCAUUCGACCGUGCUGGUUAUGGUGAAAGCACUCCAAAUCCCGCAAGGUCUGUGAAAAGUGAAGCAUUCGAUAUCCAGGAGUUGGCUGACAAGUUGGGUCUUGGGCCCAAGUUUUAUGUUAUUGGUGUGUCGAUCGGAGCUUAUCCGGUUUACAGCUGCCUAAAAUACAUCCCGCACAGGUUAUCAGGAGCUGCACUUGUAGUUCCCUUCGUUCACUACUGGUGGAAGGGCGUUCCUGCUAAACUAUUAAAAGAAGCCUUGGGGACGCUGCCUGUCCCAGACCAGUGGACAUAUCGUGUAGCACGUUACGCCCCUUGGCUUUUCAACUGGUGGAUGACCCAAAAAUGGUUCACAAAUCUGAGCAUCAUGCAUGGAAGUCUUGAUGUUUUUAGCCGAUCGGACCUAGAAAUUAUCAAGCAGCUCCCUGCAACUCCUAAGGAGGAAGAGGAGAAGGUGCGGCAGCAAGGUGUUCAUGAAUGUUUUCACCGCGACUUAAUGGUGGGUUUCGGAGACUGGGGAUUCAGUCCAGUGGAUAUCAGUGACCCUUUCCCCAAUAAGGAUGGGUCAGUUCAUCUUUGGCAAGGAUAUGAAGAUAAGUAUAUUCCAUACAAGCUGAAUCGAUAUUUAUCCCAGCAACUUCCAUGGAUUCAAUAUCAUGAGGUUCCUGAUGCUGGCCAUCUUUUGCUAUACAACGCAACACUUUGUGAAGCCGUCUUUAGGGCUCUUUUGUCCUCCUAAAAAUUCACAAGCUUUCUGUAGCUGUCAUCUAUGAGCGUUUUUCUACGAAUGUACUCUUCCUUGUGAUCUUCAGCGGCGGAACACACAUACUUUCGAUAUCGACGUAUAUACUUAUUACAGCUUUCAAGAACUAGUAG